UGCAUCCAAGAACCAGACCGAAAAUUUCGAAGUGUAUAUUUCAGAGGAUCAACACACUGAGUUCGUCGUUGGUCAAAACGCAUCAUUAAUUUGCAAGAUCUUAGAGAUAACAGUCCCCAUGACUGCAGAGUGGAUAAGAAAAACAGAUCAACAGAGUGUCCGUAUGGAAUCUUUUCCCCCUGAUAAAGUAGACCCAGGACCAGAAUAUAAAAAGUUUUAUCUUAAAAUCGAGGCUGUCUCUAUUCACGAUGCAGGGUGGUACACUUGUCAAGCAAAUUCCUCAUUCGGUUCAGACAAGGUCUCCAUCUUUCUACAUGUGAUCACAGGUGAAGAGAAAAAGAACGGAGAUACCGUUUCAUUAAUCGUUCUGAGUUUUGUAUCCGGUUUUCUGUGUCUCGGCAUCCUUGGCUGCUUUGUCUACUACAAGAGACGAGUUUCAGCUCUAAGAAACGUUGAUCGUUUGGAAAAUUUCACUUUACAAAGUGACGCAGACACACUAUAUCUCUCCGUUUCUGCCUCUCGCUGGGAAAUCGCUCCGAAACAAAUUCACCUCCAAAGCAUACUGGGGACGGGGGCAUUCGGAGAGGUCUGGAAAGCUGCGGUCUACGAAAUCCAAGGACACCCUGAAGAGACUACAGUGGCCGUCAAGAAACUAAAACGUAACUGUACUGACCACGAACAGGAAUCACUGGCACAAGAAAUUGAAUUGGGAAAAUCUUUGAAUGGAGACAAACAUCCUAACAUCGUUAAUUUUCUGGCGUGUGUUUCCACAUGCACCCCCAUGAUGCUGGUUUUGGAAUAUGCUCCAUACGGGGAUGUGCUUGGCUACCUCCGGAAAAGCAGGGGAGUGGAAGAUCAGUUCUAUUGUUCCCCAGAGUGUUGCCAGAAAGAAGUGACUUCAUAUGAUCUGCUUAGUUUUGCACAACAGAUUGCUUCCGGGAUGAGUUUUCUGGCAUCAAAGAAAAUCCUUCAUCGUGAUCUCGCGGCAAGAAACGUCCUGUUGGGAGCAGAGAGGAUUUGUAAAAUUAGCGACUUUGGAUUGGCUCUGAUAAGGGAUAAAUAUGAGCAGUACCUUUACUGCACUGCCAUCAGAAAGGGUCGCCUUCCUAUCAAAUGGACAGCUCCUGAGCAUCUUUUCAAUGUUUCUGACGAAAAAAACCUUAGAGUGUCAGAGAAAAGCGACGUGUGGUCAUACGGCAUUGUUCUGUUUGAAAUAUUCACUUUAGGAGGCGUGCCUUAUCCAGGGUGGAACGAGUGGAAAGUUGUGUAUGAACUCAAAGUGAACAAAUAUCGUAUGCCUCAACCAGAACAUGUUAGCGAGGAACAAUACCAGCUCAUGGUGGAUUGCUGGAACGAAGACCCUGACGCCCGACCCACCUUCGAUCUUCUUCACGAAGUAACGACUUCAUUUUUGCAGGAAGAGCAUUAUGUGGAUAUGUCAAAGUAUGAACCAAGUCUUUACGCUAAUGUUGAGGAAAUGGCCACAUCGGCAGGUCCUGCUUCCUUUGAAAAUUUGACCACCGUGCUGUAAAAGAUAAAGAUUAU